UUUUUGGCGCGCAUUCUUAUGUAACUUUGCCCGUGAGUGUGUGGCUAAUUGCAGGGCGCACUUGAAAUAUUCAUGGGGCAAGUGCAGCGACAAAGGGCUGAAUAAUUCACCAGAACUACUUGUAUUUUUUUUGUGUUCAUACCGCCUUGCGGGUGUUCGAGUUUCUGGCCAGGAGGUGAAAAAAACAAAAAGCCGGCGAUCCGACGAACAUGUAAAUCGAAGCUCAAAUGGCAGCGAGCAACAAGCCCCGGUACAGGUACAAGUCCCACGGCGCCGCCCUGGAGUGCCUCCUGCACCUCGUCCUGUUCACCAGAGUUGUGCAUCUGGAGGUUUUUGCCGAGGAGGUAACCACUACAGCAAGUCUGUCUGAAGAAUGGGGCUCUGGAUGGCGGGGCACCAAUUUCCUAGUCGAGGUCGAACAAACCGCUCCCAUUUCGCCGCCCUCCUCGUCCUCGGCCUCCUCGAAUGGCAGCGAGGAUUAUAUCGGGGAACUGGGCAGCCAGGAGGACCAGGAGGGAUUCACAACAGGUGCCACAACAGGGGCCUCCAAUGCCACCACCGUGGAAACAGGACCCAAGAUCAUUGUGCGCACCGAGGAGGUGCUGAUUGUGGGCCUGGUCCUGGUGCUCUGGGUGGGGGCCAUCAUGCUCUUCUUCAACCGAUGGGGCAAGAUCCGGAUGCUGGAGCCGUAUCAGCCCAAGUUCCAGCAGCAGCACCGCAGUUCCUGUCCGCUGGUCGAUUUGGAUGCAGUCACCACGCACCAGCGCUCCUCCGUGUCGCGAAUGUCGAUGGGCAUGGUGCACAAUCUGAAUAUGCCGACGUGUCAAUUUGCGGCCUAUAAUCCCAACAUGUAUGCCAAGGGCUACGCCUCGCAUGUUUCCGCGUCGCGUCCCCGCCAGAACUCGGUGUUCGUGGGUGCCACCACCAGUCACUACCUUAUGCCGAGGCCCCCGAGGAAGACCCGGUCGGCGAUGGACCUGCACUCCAUGGUUCUGGACGAGAGCGCCGAGCAGGUGUAGAACUCCAGGGGGAGUCCCAUGGUUAGGUUUCUAUGGGAGCCAGUCAGUGUGUAAGUCGUCGAGGUGUGAGUGCGCGUGUGAGGUCCAUGUUCUUCGAGUGUUUUAAACGAAAUAUCGUCGGAGGGGGCACGCAAGUCCCAAAUGGUCUGAAAUCACCUGGUAAGGCGCCCAAGUGUAUGCCACAAAAUAUUUCCUUUCGUUUAACUUUUCACAGCAUACUUUUAAGCGCCUUCUCAAUUGCUUUUAAGUCCUUACCGAUUUCUGAGGUCUAAAAUAUAAAUUAUAAAUUGCUAGAGAAAUUCCUAUUUGAACGUUUUGAAAGCGCUAGUCCGCGUGCCUAAAAGCAGGCUAUACAAUUUUUCCCAUUUUCCAAAAAAUAUUUUAAGCACUAGAAGAGAAUGGAUUGAGUGGUAGUAAAAAUGCGGUUUUUCUUUUAUAUUCGGGUGUCUGCAAUUGAGGGAGCAAGGAAUGAUAGGUGGAAUAGCACUGUCCAAUAUUCGCAAAUACUUAUACUUAGCACUCACAACAAACUCUAUGCCAUUUCCUAACUAUCUCUGUCGCACACAUAUUUAUUUCUGUGCUGGCACAGAGUCAAUUUGAGUCAAUUUUAUUUAGGACCACCUAACACACAAAAUUAUCAGCUAAAUAUACCGAAAAUAUGUAGAAGUAUCUAUCCUAGCGUAUUUUUAGCCCUAUCCAGUGUUACUCAACGUAGUCUAUACCUAACCCGAUUCUUCUAGAGUGUUUCUCCUACUACACAAUAUUGGAUGCCAGAGCAAAUUGUUAAAUAAACAUAUGUAUACACGUAAAGUAAAUAAAUGUAUCCGCGAAACUCUUUAGUUUGUAAGCCCAAAGCUCAAAACCCGAUCAGCAUACAACUCCAAGCUUGACCAAAGUUCCAGAAUCUACAUGUUUUCUCAGCACCUCUGUAUUGCACUUUUAAAUGUAUCGUAACUUAAGUAAUUUCGACCAACAAAACAAGAAAAUUUUGGAAAUUGUAUGCAGAUGGAGCGGAAAACGAGGGUAGGGGAUGAACAAUAUUAGAACGGUGUGGAAAAUGAACAACUAACUAACGAAAGCUUUAAAUUCCUUGGGUCUCCUGGGGACCUGCAAAACCAAAAACCCAUCCAGAUCGAAGUAAACUAAACCAAAGCUGAGAAUUAUACUUUAGACCUAAGAUAACUACGGAUGUGUGUAAGUCUAUACCAAAAAAGUCUAGUGGCAAAUAUGUGGAUCAAUGUACACUUUACCAAAACUAAAGAAAUAUAACCUAAACUUAACGAUAACUCACACAGUCAGACCGUUUUCCUCACAACUCAGAAAACAAAAGAAAAACGAAUUGUUGAAUAUAAAUGUUUAAUUAACUUGUUUACAAUAUUUACAAGGCCUGAGCAAAACCAAUUAUAUAUACACUUGUGUAAUAUAUCAAAAAACUAAACUAUGUAUACAUAUAAUAUAUAUACAUGUAUGUAUAAAACCAAAAACAAUUAUAUACAUUUUGAUGAAUUCGAUUAAAAAUUAUAUUU